AUGGACAAAAAGAUCAAAACUGCCCAGCAUCAAAAACUAAUCGCGUUGGAGAACAUUAAAUCGCUGGAGCGGUUUACACAGGCGUUCAGCAGCGACGAUGCAAGCCAAAUUCCGGAGGCUUUGGAGGGGCUGGAGCAGUACAAGCAGGAGUUUUUCACCGCAGUGGCGAAACUGGAGGAAUGCGACGACAGCAGUGAGGCCAUACAAUCCUGUAUCAACGACAGGAUCGAUAUGGAAGAACGGUGCCGGCGGCUGAAAUCAUUUCUCAGAGAGAACCAACGGAAGGACGCCAACCCGCUAAACGAAUCCACUCUUUUGGCAAAUUCAACGCUUGCGUUUGGACGGCCAAACGCACCCAAUCUUCGGUUGCCAAAAAUCGAACUGCCGACGUUCGAUGGGGAUUCGACAAAGUGGUUGUCAUUCCGCGAUCGUUUUGUCGCUAUGAUCGACGCUUCACCCGACUUACCACACAUUGCAAAAUUACAAUAUUUGCUUUCUUCGUUGAAGGGCGACGCAGCGGUGCCCUUUGAACAUGUGGCUUUGACUACCGAGAACUACGCUGUGACGUGGGCGUCACUUCUUAAGCGUUACGACAAUACACGGAUGCUGAUUCGCGAUUAUUGGCGGAAGCUUCAUUUCCUUCCGGGAAUAGAAGCAGAAAGUGUCGACGGUUUGACAUCGUUGGUGGAUGAAUUCACGCGGCAUGUGAAUGGAUUGGUGAAACUACAAGAACCAGUCGAUUCGUGGGACACACCUCUGUCCAACAUGCUUCUAAUGAAGAUGGACAACGAAACCAUCUUAGCGUGGGAAAAACACUCCGUGCAGUUUAAAAGGGAUAAGUACAGUGAGCUGAUUGAAUUCCUGCAGGAUCGUGUUCAAAUAUUGAAAUCGAGUAAGAGCUUUGCAUGCGCAAAGAUUGCACCGACCAAGGUGGCCGGCGCACAUCGUCUUCCUGCAUCACGGAAGUCGAUCACGAGCGCAGCUGCAAUGCAGAAGAACGCAUCCAUCCCCACUUCACCACAACUACAGAGAUGUCCGUUGCAGUGUCCGGAACCUCAUCUACUACGCAAUUGUCCGGAAUUCAUCAACAAGGAGAAACAACAACGACGUGACAUUGUCAAAGCAAAGGGUCUAUGUUGGAACUGCCUCAGCAGCUCACACCAAGUGAAAUCUUGUAGAUCAGACUACUCGUGCCGAUCAUGCCGUGAACGUCAUCAUAGCCUACUUCAUCACGCUUCUCAUUCAUCCGUAACUGUUCAACCGAAAGUUACUCUGGCGGCUCAAUCCGACGAUGAAAUGGUGUUUCUCGAGACGGCAAUGGUUUACAUCGUAGACGAUUAUGGAAUUAAGCACGAGGCUAGAGCGCUUCUUGAUUCGGGAUCGAUGUUAAACUUUAUAUCGGAAUCAUUGGCUCAGAAACUCCUCACCCCUCGUACGAAGGUGAAUGUGUGCGUUACUGGCAUCGGGUCAGCAAGGCAGCAGGUGAAAGGUUCAAUCACCGCUAGUGUUCGAUCUAAGGACCUACACUUCACCACACCGAUGGAGUUUUUCAUCCUUGACACACCAAUCGCAGCCAUUCCUACCAAACCGGUAGACGUUUCUUCAUGGGAUAUGCCGAACGUGACCCUCGCUGAUCCCACUUAUCACGUUCCUGGUAAGGUGGAUCUCAUCAUCGGCAGUGAUCCAUUCUGGGAGGUUCAUACUGGACGUAAGCGAUCAUUAGGCGCAGGCAAGCCGUGGCUAGUGGAGACCCGAUUUGGAUGGGCUGUUUCCGGAAAUACAGUGCAGUCAUCACCAGCUCCACGUGUAUGUCAUGUUGCAACGAGCGAAAGUCCUUUGGAGGCAAUCAUGACACGUUUCUGGGAGAGCGAAACCAUCUCCGAUGAACCCGCUCUAUCUGUGGAAGAAGACAUCUGUGAGAAUCAUUUCAUCGCUAAUACAACUCGGGAUGGUUCAGGAAGGUAUGUCGUUAGCUUGCCACACAAGUCUAAUCCGAAUAUCAUUUUAGGAGCCUCAAGGCAGAUAGCAGAUCGUCGUUUGCUAGCGGUGGAACGGCGACUGAAGGCUAAUCCUAUGAACAUUUAUGAGUAUGAACAUUUGGGACACAUGAUAAGGCUCGAGGAGCCAAUUGAUGAAUCAUGUCCACAUUACUACCUACCGCACCAUGCUGUUGUAAAAGAAUCCAGCACAUCGACAAAGGUUCGUGUAGUAUUCGAUGCUUCGUGUAAGACGACGUCAGGUUAUUCCUUAAACGAUUCCCUGCUGGUUGGACCUGUCGUUCAGCAAGAUCUGUACACUAUUAUGCUUCGAUUUCGGUCACAUGCUAUUGCGCUCACAGCUGACGUUGAAAAGAUGUACCGUCAAAUCCGACAUCACCCUGCAGAUAAAAACUUUCUUCGGAUUCGGUACAGAAAGGAUCCGUCAGAACCAAUAGCAACCUACGAGUUACAAACCGUAACGUAUGGUACCGCAUCUGCGCCAUUCUUAGCCACACGGACAUUGAAGCAAACUGCAUACGAUCAUCAGGAACAGUAUCCUCGAGCAGUCGUUCCGGUGCUUCGAGAUUUCUACGUUGAUGAUCUGUUGACGGGGACAGAUGAGAUAUCAGACGCGAUCGAGAUGCAGAAACAAAUCUCAUCCAUGUUGCAGUCAGCUGGGUUCGCGCUGAAAAAGUGGGCAUCGAACAAUCCUAAGGCGCUUCACGGGAUCCCUCAGGAGGAUUUGGCAUUGCAAACAUGCCAUGAAUGGAACAAAUCGCAAUUUGUGUCCACUUUGGGAUUGAUCUGGGAGCCAGCAGCAGACGUAAUUCGGUUUCGCAUCGAACUACCUCCUUCCGCAUCAAUGUUGACAAAGCGCUUGGUUUAAUCGUAUAUCGCUAAAAUAUUCGACAUCCUCGGAGUACUCGGCCCAACGAUAGUUAUUGCCAAACUAUUUAUGCAGCAGUUAUGGUCGCUUAAGGAAAAUGGUGUUGCACUGGGUUGGGACAGUGAGCUACCAUUGCAUCUUCAACAAGAGUGGAACAGGUUUCACUUAUCGCUACAUUCUCUUCGUGAGUUGCACAUUCCACGGUUCGUAUCGCUUCAAAAUGCAACUACCACCCAAUUACAUGUCUUCGCGGAUGCCUCUCAAGCAGCAUACGGAGCAUGUUGCUAUUUCCGAGCAGAAAAUCAUCACGGGAUUUCUGUGAACCUGUUGACCACAAAGUCAAAGGUUGUUUCGCUAACUAACACUCACUCGAUCGCCAGACUCGAGCUCUGCGCUGCACGGUUGGCCAUACAAU